AUGAAUCCAGUCAAUAUUGCAAUUAUUGGAACCGGCGUUGUUGGAAGUGCUUUGUUAAAUCAACUAUUAGCUUUAGACAACUCUCAAUUCAGAUUAAUAUAUAUUGCUCGGUCCAAACAUGCUUUGAUUUCAAAAGAUUAUAGUCCUUUGAAAUUCGACCUGUCAUGGGAAUCAGCUUUGGAAUCAACUGAUGAAAAGACCUUGCCUUUAGAAGCUCUACUUCUAUACCUAAGGAAAUCUCCUCUGCCAGUUAUUGUUGUUGAUAAUACAUCGAGCGAGACAAUCGCUAAUUUCUAUCCAAAGUUUGUUAAUGCCGGGAUUGCCAUUGCUACACCUAAUAAGAAGGCCUUCUCAUCCGAUUUAGAAUUAUGGAACAAAAUUUUCUCUAAUGGAGACCUAGUUUAUCAUGAAUCAACCGUUGGUGCCGGGUUACCAAUUAUCUCUACUAUAAAUGAUAUGAUUAGGACUGGUGACAAGAUUGAAAAGAUCGAAGGUAUUUUUUCAGGUACCCUAUCUUACAUCUUCAAUGAAUUCUCUACUGUUACUCCUAAUUCAAUCAAUUUCUCUGAAGUUGUACAAAUUGCUCAACAGUUGGGAUACACUGAGCCAGAUCCAAGGGAAGACUUGAAUGGUGUUGAUGUCGCUCGAAAAGUGACCAUUUUGAGCAGACUUGCAGGGUUUAAUGUUGAAUCACCUUUCUCUUUCCCUAUUCAAUCACUCAUUCCAAAGCCCUUGGAAUCUAUUGAUACUACUGCGGAGUUCAUGAAGAAAUUGCCUGAUUACGACGAUGAAUUGAACAAAUUGAAGGAAGAUGCUUUCAAGAAUAAUCAAAUUUUAAGAUAUGUUGGUAAGGUAGAUUUCAGCAAGAACAGCAUAUCUGUUGGUAUUGAAAGAUACGAUAUGUCUCACUCGUUUGCUUCCUUGAAAGGUGCUGAUAAUGUUAUUGCAAUUACAACUGAACGCUACAAGCAGCCAUUGGUUAUCCAAGGUGCUGGGGCUGGGGCAGCGGUUACUGCAGCUGGUACUUUGUCCGAUAUUAUUAAACUUGCUGAAAGACUUUAA